AUGACAGACACCUUGAGAAACUCAAUCGUUGGACUUUUUAUCAACACAAUUUCGGAUGGUCGAUUCCUUCCUUUCCCUGAACAACGGCUUGGAUGGCAAUUACCUGCUAAUCUUCAGCUCGCAAGGGCAGCUUCUUCACCCCCCGAUUCCAAAGUACACGAAACCAGUGAAUCGGUAUCCUUCCAGCCUACGUUGGCAAGAAAUGAUUUGGAAGAGACGAUAUCCAAUCGCACGUCUGCGAAUGCAUUUCAUUCGUCAAUUAACUCAUACCGCAAGUCGUUGUCAUCCAUUGAAAAGGCACAGGUCGACCUCAACAUGAAACCCGUUCAUGAAACAGUGUCAGAGACGAUUGUAAAUUGGUAUGACGAACAUGAUCAAGAAAAUCCACAAAAUUGGAGCUUGGGAAAACGCAUAUUCGUCCUUGGGCUGGUAUCUCUUCUUACAUUCGGAGUUUAUAUAGGUUCUGCAAUCUAUCCAUUGUCGGAAAUUCCUUCAAUUGGAAGGACUCCCGUGUAUAUGGCAACUCUCUUGAUCUUUGUACUCCUGCAGCUUCCCAUAAUAUAUGCCCCAAACAUCCAAACUCUACUCGCAAUGCGGUUCUUCACCGGAUUCUUUGGUUCACCUGCCCUUGCAACUGGCGGGGCUUCCAUUCAGGACAUGUUCCCAAUUAUCAAAUUACCUUACGCACUCAUCGUUUGGAGUGUUACUGCUUCAUGUGGACCUAUUCUCGGCCCUAUAAUCGGCGGAUUUGCAGCACAGAACAGAAACUGGACAUGGCCGCUCUGGGAACUAUUCUAUAUUGGCGUGUUUGCUUUCAUUGUCCUCCUAUUCUGGCUGCCUGAGACCAACGCCGAGACCAUCCUCUUAAAGCGCGCCCAACGCCUACGAAAACUGACCGGAAACCCCAACCUGUUCAGCAAGAGCGAGAUCAAGCAAUCGAAACUAAAGCCUUCUGAAGUGUUGUUCGAAUCGCUCUUACGCCCGUUCCAGCUCAUGAUCGAGCCCGCUGUCCUGUACGCCAAUGUUUACCUCGGAUUAACCUACGCUAUCUUCUACUUGUGGUUUGAAGCCUUCCCACUGGUCUACGGCGACAUCUAUCACUUCAAUCUCGGCCUCUCCGGUCUUCCGUUUACGGGUUUGUUGGUUACCUGUAUCCUUGCCAGUUCCGUCUAUGUGUGUUGGAACUACUACCAUGUUGAGCCCAUAUUCAGGAAAACCGGAUAUAUUGUCCCAGAGUCACGCCUUGCAGUGGCUCUUGUUGCCUCUGGAUUUGUUCCAGCGUCUCUCCUUAUAUUUGGAAAGUUGAUCUUAUCUUGUCCUACACAAAUCCCAGACUUACCUUUUUCAAAUAGGAUGGUCUUCCCGGCCGGAUGUGCACUGGAUUGUCCCAACUAUAGGCGCAGCUUUGUAUAUCCCAGGGUAGGCCUCUUUGCCAAUUAG